UGAGGGCUUUGCUCCGUUGCGGGAGUUCCGCGGUCGGUGGGCCGCGGGGUCUCCAGUCCGCUCCGCCCGCCGCCGAGGCCCGCGGGCCGGCCGAUCAGUUUCCGACCCUUUGGUGUAUUUCCAUGUUCCACCAUGUUAAAGGCCAAGAAUCACCUAAUACUUUCACCUAAGUACCUGAAGCUCCUCAAUCCAUCACCAGGCCCCACGUUCACAUGGCAGCGACUUCUACACCAGAAACAACCCCUUCACCCAGAAUGGGCUGCCCUGGCAAAAAAGCAGCUAAAAGGCAAAAAUCCCAAUGACCUAAUAUGGCAAACCCCAGAGGGGAUUGCCAUCAAGCCCUUGUAUUCCAGGGUAGACACAAAGGACUUACCUGACGAAUUUCCUGGAGUGAAGCCAUUCACACGUGGACCGUAUCCCACUAUGUACACCAACAGGCCGUGGACCAUCCGGCAGUAUGCAGGCUUCAGCACUGUGGAGGAGAGCAAUAAGUUCUAUAAGGACAACAUCAAGGCUGGUCAGCAGGGGUUAUCAGUUGCCUUUGAUCUGGCAACACAUCGUGGUUACGAUUCAGACAACCCUCGGGUUCGUGGUGAUGUUGGAAUGGCUGGAGUUGCUAUUGACACUGUAGAAGAUACAAAAAUCCUUUUUGAUGGAAUUCCUCUAGAAAGAAUGUCAGUUUCCAUGACUAUGAAUGGAGCAGUGAUCCCAGUUCUUGCAACUUUUAUAGUAACUGGAGAAGAACAAGGUGUACCUAAAGAGAAACUUACUGGCACAAUCCAAAAUGAUAUAUUAAAGGAGUUUAUGGUCAGAAAUACUUAUAUUUUUCCUCCAGAACCAUCCAUGAAAAUUAUUGCUGACAUCUUCCAGUAUACAGCAAAGCACAUGCCCAAAUUUAAUUCAAUUUCAAUUAGUGGCUACCAUAUGCAGGAAGCAGGGGCGGAUGCCAUCCUAGAGCUGGCCUAUACGCUGGCAGAUGGCUUAGAGUACUGUAGAACUGGACUCCAAGCCGGCCUCACAAUCGAUCAGUUCGCACCAAGGUUGUCUUUCUUCUGGGGAAUUGGGAUGAACUUUUACAUGGAAAUAGCAAAGAUGAGAGCUGGGAGAAGACUGUGGGCUCACUUAAUAGAGCAAAUGUUCAAGCCCAAGAACUCUAAAUCUCUUCUUCUAAGAGCUCAUUGCCAGACCUCAGGAUGGUCACUUACCGAGCAGGAUCCUUAUAAUAACAUUAUCCGGACUACAAUAGAAGCCAUGGCAGCUGUGUUUGGAGGAACUCAGUCUUUGCACACAAAUUCUUUUGAUGAAGCUCUGGGUUUGCCAACUGUGAAAAGUGCUAGAAUCGCGAGGAACACACAGAUAAUCAUCCAGGAGGAGUCUGGGAUCCCCAAAGUGGCCGAUCCUUGGGGAGGGUCAUAUAUGAUGGAGUCGCUCACAAAUGAUGUUUACGACGCUGCUUUGCAGCUCAUAAAGGAAAUUGAAGAGGUUGGUGGAAUGGCUAAAGCUGUGGCAGAGGGAAUCCCUAAGCUUCGAAUUGAAGAGUGUGCUGCCCGAAGACAGGCACGGAUAGACUCUGGUUCUGAAGUAAUUGUUGGAGUAAAUAAGUACCAGCUGGAAAAGGAAGAAACUGUAGAAGUUUUGGCAAUUGAUAAUUCUUCAGUGCGUAAGAAGCAGAUUGAAAAACUUACAAAGAUCAAAGCCAGCAGGGACCAAGCUCGGGCUCAGCGGUGUCUUGAGGCGCUCACCCAGUGCGCUGCCAGUGGCGAUGGGAAUAUUUUGGCUCUUGCUGUGGAUGCGACUCGUGCAAGGUGUACAGUUGGAGAAAUCACAGAUGCUAUGAAGAAGGUAUUUGGUGAACAUAAAGCUAGUGACCGUAUGGUAAGCGGGGCAUAUCGCCAGGAAUUUGGAGAAAGUAAGGAGAUCUCAUCUACCAUCAAGAGAGUGAAUAAAUUCAUGGAACGAGAAGGUCGCAGACCUCGUCUUCUUGUGGCAAAAAUGGGUCAAGAUGGCCAUGACAGAGGGGCCAAAGUCAUUGCGACAGGGUUUGCUGAUCUUGGUUUUGAUGUGGACAUUGGCCCUCUUUUUCAGACUCCCCGUGAAGUGGCCCAGCAGGCUGUGGAUGCCGACGUGCACGCGGUGGGGGUGAGCACACUGGCCGCGGGCCACAAGACCCUUGUGCCCGAGCUCAUCAAGGAGCUUGCCACCCUCGGACGGUCCGAUAUUCUCGUCAUGUGUGGGGGCGUCAUACCACCACAGGAUUAUGAAUUUCUGUAUGAGGUCGGGGUCUCCAAUGUAUUUGGCCCUGGAACUCGAAUCCCAAAGGCCGCCCUCCAGGUGCUGGACGACAUUGAGAGGUGCCUGGAGAAGAAGCAGCAGUCCGUGUGA